UUCCGAAACCAGACGGUAGUUAUCGGAUGUGUACGGACUGUCGUAAAGUAAACAACCUCACGAAGUCGGAUAAUUUUCCCAUUCUUCCGAUGGAUGAUUGCGUGGAUAAAAUUGGAAAUACUAAGUAUGUGGCGAUGUUUGAUUUACUGAAAGGACUCUGGCAAAUCCCUUUAUGCGAACGUGCCAAAGAGGUUUCAGCAUUCGCAACACCACGUGUAUUAUCUCAAUACAAAUUGAUGCCAUUUGGAAUGCGGAAUUUCCCUGCCACCUUCCAACGCCUUAUCAACCGGACAAUUUCCCAGAUCGACGGUUGCGAAGGUUAUAUUGAUGAG